AUGAGCGCGCCAAUCAUUGCUCAGCCAGUUGUAGUAUCGCUGGCCGACUUGCAAAACGGAAUUGUGCCUUUUGAGAGACUCGUUGAGGCUUUUGGGCCAGAUUCUCUAGGAAUCUUGGUUGUCAAGAACGUUCCACCUGAGUUUCCCGAGUUGAGACGCCAAGCGCUUUCUUAUGCCUCGUACCUUGGAAACUUGCCAAAAGCUGAGCUUGACAAGGUCGAGAACCCCGCCGCCAAGUAUUUAACAGGCUGGUCAUUGGGCAAAGAACAACUCAAGGACGGACAAGUAGACACGUUCAAAGGCUCUUUUUACGCCAACUGUGCAUUCUACACCGAUCCAGAGCUAGAUGCCGCAAAGCCAACGCCCGAUUUCUCAGUGGAGAACUUUCCAGAAUACCUGUCACCAAACAUCUGGCCCGAAAGCGAGGUUCUCCCCGGCUUCAAAAGCAGUCUGGAAGACCUCUGCAGGCUUUUGAUCGACACAGCCGUACUCGUUGCACGAGCAUGCGAUCAAUAUGCGGAGCGGGAAAUCGAGGGUUACACCAAGGGAUACGUCGAGCACGUUGUCAGCACGAGCAACACCACCAAGGCCAGGCUGCUGCACUACUACCCGCAAUCUCAGGAGGGAUCAAGUGAAAACGAGGAUGACUGGUGCGGCGUGCACCUCGACCAUUCGGUCUUGACAGCUUUGACAUCUGCGAUGUUCGUCGAUGAGCAUAAGACGCCAUCGGAUGCAGUCUCACUCGGAAAAGAUGCUACAAAAGUCUCCCCGCUAGAGGAGAUGGCAGGGAGCCCUGAUCCUCUAGCUGGGCUUUACAUCAAGUCUCGGACAGGUGACACCGUUCAGGUGAAGAUUCCGAGGGAUUGCAUUGCUUUCCAGACAGGCGAGGCACUCGAACGGAUCACAAAGGGCAAGUUCAAGGCCGUGCCACACUUCGUAAGAGGAGUUAGGCCUUCCAUGAGUAAUGGCCGGGUGGCAAGGAACACUCUGGCAGUGUUUACGCAGCCAAACCUGGGCGAGGAGGUUGACUCGGAGCAGCAUAUCACAUUCGGAGAAUUUGCCAGGGGCGUUGUGAGCAAGAACACUGUUGAGGCUUGA